AUGAAGGCACUGUCAUCCCUGAGUCCUGCCAUGCCAAGAGGGAGGCCGCCAGGCAUGGGGGUGCAAGUGCUGCCCAGAAUGUCUCAGCAGAAGAAGAAGCACUACGCUCCCCCACAGCAGUGCUGCCCCCCACCAAAGCAGUGUGUACCUCCUCAGCAGUGCUGCCCCCCACCAAAGCAGUGUGCUCCCCCUCAGCAGUGUGCUCCUCCACCACAGCAGUGCUGCCCCCCACCUCAGCAAUGCUGCCCCCCACCUCAGCAGACCAAGCAGGUCUGCCAGCCCCCACCCAAGUGCCAACAGAAGUGCCCACCCCCUCAGCAGUGCCAGAAGUCCAAGCAGAAGUAA